CUUUCGACCGUUUCCGCCAUCUAUAUCCACCAUAAUGCAGCUCGCUUCACCUACACCGCGCUUGGGCUCUUUGCUCAGGCCCAUGGCUUCGUCAGCAACGACCACUACCAGUGUCCCGACGAGUAGUUUGGGGGGUUCAGGGGGUGAUCUAGCUCGCCCGGCUCGCUAUGUGCACUUUAUCGCAAGAUCGCCGGGUCAGCCGGCGACGACGUUGGACGAUCUUGAACAGCUCCAUGACAAGUUGGCGAGUCGCAUGUCCGAAGGCAAGCUCAAGUCAGACGAUAAAAUGGUCAUGGAUGGCUUAACCAUCAUGUGCGAUAAUUUGAAAUUGAUUCGAGACUCGCUGAAGACGAGGAACAACAAGGUCGAUGCGAAUCUAUCAGAACACGACAAGAAGUUGCAUGAGACGGAACAGGCCCUGGAAGCAAUCAAAUAUCGUUUGGAUGACCAGGAGGGUGCUCUCAUCGAAGUAACGGAGACCCAGAGACUUUUGAUCGGUCUCGCCCGCAAGUAUCGUUCCUUCGCGGACGCGACGCUCUUACGUAGCCUGCUCGACGAAAGUCGGUUUCAUGUCGCAAUGACAUUUGUGAAUGUCAUCCCAAACGAGUUCAUUACGGAUGUCAUCAUGAAUAAGUACGACCAGUCCAGGACAUCCGUCCUCUGGUUUCGUUUCAAGGAGGUGCUCGAUGCCGUGUACAUGAAGUUCCAUGAAUCCGAUGGCGAGUAUCUCUAUCAGACCAAGCCGCUGCUCGAGUCCGAUCUUCCUUUUACGGAAAUAUACGUCGGCCAGGUCAGCAGAACGGCGAGUUACGAUAGUAACGUCGGUGUGGUGCUGGAGGGCGAAAACGACGAUCUCGCGUUGGUCCGCAAGCUUGGAUUUUUCGUCCCGAUGAUAAUCCUAUACUAUACAAAGCAGAAGCGCGACAUUGAACUCGUGGAAAGGAAGCGCCAUAAGCAGCUCGUAAAGAGCGCUAGACUGGAACGUCUAGCCGCGACGCUGGAAGGUCAGCAGAAUACCGCGAAACCCAGUGCCCCGGUGGACCCGCGGGAUCCUCACCGGUUCGACUUAGGAGUGGCAGGCAGCAUUAGAUCGAGGGAGCUCUGGAUUGAAUUUCAAGCCGCAAGAGAGGAGGCGAAGAGGCAGGAGAGAGAGGCGAGAGAGGCGAGAGAGGCAGCCAAGACGGGCAGGAAGCGCAAAGGUCCGGACGACCCAGACUCUGGUGAGGAACGUAAACCGGACAAGGGCAAACAUGGAUCGCGUUCUCGCCAAGGAGGAACCGAGUCUGGAGGAUCAGGAUCGCAUGAUAUUAUCGCCAGCCCUCGUGUGGAACCGAGUGACCAUUCCUCUACGCUUACCGACCUGCCAGAAGACGCGGAAAUGGACGACGCUGAGGACAAACCGCUGGAUUCAGACGCGGAAGCGCGUGCAGAAGGUGCCGCACGUAUCCGGAAGGAUUCCGUUGCAUGUCAAGAGCUCGUGAGGCUCCUCACCUUGGAGUACGACGCAAAGAUGCGUGAUUACCAGACCGUUCGCAAAGGUCUUCAGGUUGUUCUUGAUGAUUCGCUGCGCAUUCUUGCUGUUCUUCAGGAAUCACUGGUGAGAAUUGCGACGAAUCAGUUCACUCACUAUCGUCCCGAGCAUCUCGAUGACUACUUCAAUGCGGCGAAACGCGUUGAAGAUAUUGUCAUUUCAACCGGCAUUGAGCUCACCGGUCGUCCGUCAGAUCUCAAGGGUGAAACGCAGAAGUUGACGAAGAUUCUGUACAAACUGGAGGAUUACUAUGAUAAAAAACUCACGGAUAUCGAGGAGCAGAUCGAUAAAUACCUUGAAACGAACUUUGCUGGAGGCGAAGCGGAGCACAACAUUGCUGGCGUUAAUUACGAUGUUAUCAACCUCGUACUCAAAUUGGAACAGUUGCAGCGGAACAGGGCAACGAGCAAAGAAUAGUAGGGUGCGACCUCAGACAUUUCGUCAUCGUCACCAGGCAGGUUUCUAUGUAUGUACUGCUUUCGCGUAAGGCUUUUUCCUUCUCUAACCAAAUGUAUGCACGGCCCACUCUUUUUCACUUUGUUAUGAAUGUUUACGGGCCUUUCCUUCUCUGUGUUUAUGUAUGCUUUACUCGUAGUAGUAGUUGGUGUGAAGCUGAUCGGAUGUAGUACUUUAGGAUUGUCAAUAUAUGCUUAUGUUUGUG